UUUUGGUUAGAUAAUUUACGCUCUUCGAUUAUAUUUAGAUUUACAUUAAUCUAAUGUGUGUCUCAAUUGAUAUCACGCAAACAAUUUAUUGUAUCUUUGUUUCUUUUAAAAAAAUUUUUUUAAAUGCGAUUAUAUUAUAAAAUUAAAAUACCAAAACCAAUCCGGUCUUUAAAUAUAUAAUCUGGUUUGAACAAGCUUAUUCUCCGACCAAAAUUUAAUUUAUUCGAAAAUAAACAUAAGACUUUCUCAUCGAUAAUUCAUUAUGUAUUAACAACUAACUUUCAUUUUUCAAAAAGAAACCUCAUUAAGAAUAAUAGACAUUAAAAAAAUAUACAUUUAUUUGGUUCAUACUAGAAUAAAUUUAAAACAAAAAAUUUUUUACUUCUUUUUUUAAUGGGAAAUUUAGUCCUCAAAAAUAUAUGUUCGCCAAAUCGCGCCAAAAGAUCGCGUCAAACUAUUCGCAACAAUCCUACUGAAACAUUUGUAAGAUAUUUGAAAAUAAUACCCACCAAUCAUCAUAUCUCCUUGUAUUUAAUACUCCUUGCUGGUUUCGCGGGAACUGUUCCUUACUCUUCAGCUUCCGUAGUAAACAAUAAUAAGCAAUUCAACGAUAAAGAUGAAUGUUUUUUCAAGAUUAACGAAUCAACGAGUAUAGGUAUAAAACCUAAUACAAGCAAACAAAUUCCUGGGAAAUGCCAAGAGUGUGAAUGUACAAAAGAUGGUGAUUUGUUGAGUUAUAGUUGCAUGGGAUUAAUAUUUUAUUUAGACACAGUAGCUAAAAAAUUUUUACUCGAGAGGCACUGGAAUUUUGAUUUUCGAUGGUAUUCUUUUUUGUUAUCUUUUUUCUCAUACGCUAAUAAUACUAGGCUCGUCAUUUUUAGGAUGUAAUUCGUGAAUAAGUAGCUUAGAAUUAAGUAUUUUGCAUUCAAGAUAUAAACUAUUAUUGCUGUAAAAUCUGAAUUAGUUAAUUAUAAGCAUAAUUCAUGUAAUAUUUAUACUUAUUUAAAUUAUCUUAAAACAUAAAAAUAACUAUUUAAAUGGAGGGGGGGGGGUAUAUGCACGCCCCUAAUUAUGGCCAUCUUAUACAGAAUGAUUUUAAAAGGUUUAAUUUUGACUUAGAAGAGAAUUAAGGUCGACUAUUCAAGCUGGUUCUACCUUGCCUUAAUUUUUGACCCCAAAAUUUGGGGUAAGAUUGUAUAAACAUCUCCCAACUGUUUAGGUUCAUUAUACUUAAAUAAUUUUAA